AUGAUCCAGAAUUUCUUCACCAACGGAACAUGGUACGGCUUUUCCUUCAGCAACCACAGUGUGUUGGAGUACCAUGGCAUCAUGAUGCACGCGCAAGGCGACGACCACUGGUUUCCUCCGGCCACAGAGGGCAUCCUGGUCGGCUGCUACUGCCUCGUCAUCCUCUUCGGUCUCCUAGGCAACCUCCUCGUGUGCGUUGUCGUGUACCGGAACGCCCAGCUCCGCUCGCCCAGAAACCUGCUGAUUUUGAAUUUGUCACUGUGUGAUAUCAUAAUGUGCGUAAUAUGUAUGCCCUUCUCCUUGAUCCGAAUGACACUGAAGAACUGGCCACUAGGAGAAGCUUUGUGUAAGAUUGUGCCUUCCUUGCAGACAAUUGACGUGUUUGUAUCCACAUUUACUAUUGUGGGCAUAGCGUUUGAUAGAUACAAGGCCAUUGUCUGUGUGGUGAGGGAACGACGUCAAAGAAAGCCUGUUGUGCAUGUCAUCAUUGGGAUCUGGGUUGCUGCUAUAGUGAUGGCGCUGCCGAUGCUUAUGUUUCAUCGAGUCCAUACCACAGAUAUGGUGGAGUACCACGUGUGCGUGGAAGACUGGCCAUCGGAUCCGUUUAAAGGGAUUUACACUACUGUCAUCAUGGUGGUACAAUACAUGACACCUACGCUCGUUAUAACGAUCCUGCACGCACGGAUAUGUCACUUCCUGCGCCUGCGCAUUGAAGAGAACCCCACAACAGAAGCCGAAAAUAAUCGGGCACUGAGGUAUAUGCGACAACACCGCCGGAACCUCUUACUUCUCACCGCCAUCGCUGUUUCAUUUUCAAUCACUUGGCUUCCAUUAACGAUCCUUAAUGUUACAGCGGACUUUGAUUACAAGCUAUUCGCUGACAAGAACUUUAACUUACUGUACGCUGUCUGCCUGCUCAUAGCAAUGGGAUCAGCUGGCUUGAAUCCCCUGUAUUAUGGCUGGUUUAACGUCAACUUCAAGAACGCGUUCUUUGAGCUUCUGUGUCAGCCGGACGGCGAGAGCACCCAAGACAGGAGUAGUGGCAGUGGUAAUGGCUCGAAUGCUAAAACGGGAUUCAAAUACGAAACCUUUAAGGUUGAUUCAAGGGAGGGGUCGAUCCGGCAGAGCAAUUGAAUCCUAUAUUUCCUUAAAUGUCAAACAUUGCAAUACCAUGUAGAAAGUAACCUCAUCUGACGGGAAACUAUUGAGAAAGGAUCCAGUUCCUAAAUUUAAGUCACUUUCUUCACAAAUAAUAUAUCAUUUAAUAUUUUAAAAGGUUACACUGGCACAAAUUCGGGAUAUGGUUUGGUUGUUCAUAGAUCGUAUAAAUAUUUCGGUCCUGGCCCUCGUUCCACAAAUCGCUCAUAAAGCUACGAUUAUCGAAAGUCUGCGAUAGAUAUGGGAGGUACGACGGUUGCAGCGCUAACACUACUUUGGAGAACGAAAUCAUGGUACUUCUGAUAAAUUACAAAGUGUACGCUGACGAGGUUCCUUAUGAAGUGCACAUUCCCUUAAGAGAGUGAGUGAGGUGGUACGCCCCUUUUAGCAAUACUCAAGCAAUAUAACGACAAGAGUAGCCGUGAACCGCCUUCACAUAUUGUGCAUAGCGUGGGGAAUAGCAUCUAAAGACUGGACUACCUGAUUGACGGCUGUUUAUUGGGACGAUGAUUUGAACUUGGAACAAUCUGGUUAUCUGUCCAUUUGCUCGGUGGGUGUAUUAGGAAGUCUUAUUUGAAUCACAUUAAACUAGUAGUGUUCCUUAAAGGAGUCCUUUGGAUUUAUGGCACUACGUGUGAUCGGGUUUAACAUCGCAAUGAGCAGUACUACAGUAACGUCACGGACUGUCAUUAUACAGAAUGACAAAAAAAGUGGUGACAAAUUAAGUAACAUAACUUAACCCACGGCAACUAGAUUAUGGCACGGCAAAAGCACUGUGAUGGUAAAGUGAGCUCCUCAGAUAAAUGGGCCAUCUGGACCCAAUUAACAUUACCUUGAACCGUGUCAGUUGAAUCUUGGCAUUGCGUAUUUUUCAAAUAUAAGGAAGUGGGACGUUUGUAACAACGACCACGGGUAUUUACAGCGAGUCAUGUGAUACAUGUACAUGUAGAGCCUAACGAUCCCAUCCCGCUAGUCGCCUCUUAUGGCAAGCAUCGGUUGCUGAAGACCUAUUCUAACCCAGAUCUUCACGAUUGUGUAGAUGUUUGUGUUUGCAAACGAUAGAAUCUUGAACAGACAAUCCAUCGACAAUCCAUCGCAUAGGUCUACUCAAUUGGGAUACGAUGACAUGCAAAUCAACCAAGUCAUUAAGGCUGACCACCCAGUCCCUUCAGUCACCUAUUCGACAAGCUUAGGUUAUUGGGGCUGCCACAUUCGUACCCGGAAACCCCGCGGAACCCACAAUUAACAUAGCUCGAAAAGGUUCAGUGACCACUGGACCAAACCUUACCCCGACAUAAACUAAAUCAUCAAACCCCUGUCAUCUUCUCACGGUACCAUGUAACAAUUGGCCUACUGCUUAAUAUGUAAACGACCAUAUGCUUUAUGUCAAUCUGCGCAUUACUCAACAAAUUGUUUUAGGCGUGUUUGGGUGAUUGAUUCUAAUCAGUUUGGAUCACUUUUCGGGGUUUGAACUCAACGUGUCAAGAUUUCAGUUUGUCAAUGUUUCAUUUGCUCGUCAGUUCAUUUCAAGGUGUAUACAUGAAAAGGACUAAAAUAUAGACAUAUUUUCGUUUUAUAUGCAUCCAACAUAACAAUAGGAUUAUCGUUUCACUGAAACAUGGGCCAAAAGAGGUGGUAAGCAAUUGACAAAUUGUUAUCAGAUAAGUAUGGCUACCGAUGAGAAUAAAGUUAUUAUUUAAUGUAGGCACUGUCAUAUAAAUGUAUAAAAAGCUGGGUCUAUGCUUAUGCUUUCAAUGAUCUAAUUGACCGUGUCGCUACAUAACUAAUGACGUUAAUAGUAACAUUAAUCAUUAUAAAAUUUUGAUUUGUUUCAGUUGAUGAUUUGGAGAAUAGAGAAUAAAAGCCGAGGCGCCAACCUAAAUUAUCUGUAAAGCCAUUUUGGAGUCGCAGAACAAUACUAUAGCGGUGUAAAGACAAUUAGUAACACCAGCGCCGAGCCUUCGAAUUGACGACGUGGCCUUAAAACUCAUGUAUAUUACGUACAUGAUGAACAUCGACAGCAGUAAUCAUAUAAAUGUUUAUUUACGAUGCCUAGAAUGAUUUUUUUUACAUAAAACCAAUAGGGAGAGGAACCGUUUUUACACUCGGUGAUUGUGCACGACAUCGUUAACCACAUUGCCUUAACAGAAGGUUGAGUGGCUACCCGGUAGAUUGUAAUAAGAACGUAGACCAGUGUCUUAUAAUCCUUCUAGAGUAUUGUGAAGGUUUUGUAUUCUAGAAAUACAAGAGCAUAAUGUCCCGGUGGUCAUUGUACUUUCUGUGACAAUAAUUGUAUGGAAAUAAUAAUGAAUAACUGUGAAGUUGAGCACAUGGUGUUGCAAUGUUUGAACAUAAGUGAAUUUAGUUAGUCCAGCAGAAUCGCUCAUCGUAGUGCCAUCCGAUAUAGGCUUACAGUUUAUGCUCCAUUGGCCGCCUGACCCCUGGCUAAGGAGCUGACUUUGCAUGCGUCGGCUGUUUUGCCGGAUCUAACUUUUAAAUUCCAGUUAUAUAUUUUACAGAGUUUACUGGUUUGCUAAUUAUUUUGUAGUUGGUUAUAGCUGUUGGCUAUUUUCAUAUGUAUACGUAUUUUUGUAUUUACUAUCGUGUACAGUUGUAUAGAAUGCUCAACACGAGUGUAAAAACAUCGAACAAUGCAGACUACUUCUGAAUGACAGUAGGCUGCAUGAGAAGCCGUAAGAUGAUGCCCUAGGCAUUCGGAAGACAUCCACUGACUCGGGGUUCUACGUUCAAAGACGCAGAAGGAAUUCCGCAAACUGAAAACCAAAUUAAUCUGGCGUUAGAAGAUCGUGUUUAUGGAUAAAAUGAAAAUUCAUUUUUCUCAGAAAAGAACUGUGUUUACUUUUCAGCAUUUUAUAGAAUAUCUUUUCACACCUUUUACAAUUUUCAUAAUUUUUCCUCUCUUUGGGGUUAGUGUAUAUUUAUACAAAUUGCUAUCUAUAUUUGAGUGUGUCACACCUUCACGGAGUAAUCGAGGCAUUACUUGCCUCAUAUUGAUAUAUAUUUUGUUUGUUUAAUGUUGUGUUUUGUUUUCCUGAAAUUCUUUGUCACAAAGUUCCCGUGCACAAAUUAUUUUUGUUGCAUUUCUUAACAUAGAAUAUUGUUGCAUUGAUUAACUACAUCUCCAUAAAGGAGGAUUUGAAGGAAUUACCUCAUGACAUGCAUGUGAUGGACUAGUGUUGUGUUGAUUCUGGAGAUUUAGAAAGCGCGUUUUGAAUUUGUUUUGCACUUCAAUAUUUACACUCUAAGAGAGGAAAGGACCUGUGCCGAGUACAAUCCAAGAAAAAUUUAUUUUCGAUGAAACACCAGUCAUGUUAACAGUUUACAUUGUACCGUCUCAAACUUUACCAUGCUUCGUCUGAUGCUCUUUGUGUCGUAGCCUGUACACAGUUUGUGUUUCAUCCGUUAUAACAUUAUCCUUUCUGUAUUACAUGACUCACUUGUGAUAACGAUGAAGAUGCCUCUCGCUCAGUGCCUGCACAUGUAUCCUGCAGUAUUCCAUCAAUAAAAAAUGCUUCUG